CGUUAUGUUAAGAACACACUUUUAUUUUUAUGUGUAUUCUAUUUCUAUAAUCAAAUAAUUAUUUAUUCUUUGUCAAAUUUAUUAACUUUUAAAUAUAAAUUUAUGAUUUUUUACAUUUAUAAUAGGACAAACAAAUAAUUGUUUUUGCGGCAAUAUUACCAGAUGGCUAUGAACCCAAAUUUUUAAUUGUAGUCACUCUGUAGUUGCUCCUGUUUUGUAUGUGAAUACUGAAUGUUGACAUUCAACAUGGCGGCAUGUCGUCAGUGCUGUGCUGUGUCGUGCUUGUGUAAUUGUUAGUUUAGGACACUUUUGAAACCAAGGCUCACUGUAAAUUCCAUAAUUAAAUGCUGAAGAAAGAAACGCUAACAUAGAAAUAUUGGAACAACACAAUCACACUCAGCACGCAUUGAAGACAUCUGAGGAUUUCAAGUCAACAUUUAUCUUUUAAAUCUCCUAUGUUUUUUGAUUUACUCCUUUUAUAAAGGAUGACUGCUGUUUAAAAGGAACACAGUUAUUCUAGUGUACGCUAUAUUGAGUAAAUAUCAAACAGUUGUUAUAACACGUGCAUACGUAUGUGGAAAGUAUCAAUGGUCUAUGAUGUGCUAAGAAUUUUGUACUUGUAUUAAUUCAUAAAUCAACAUUAACUAUAUUGUUCAUUUGUAUAUUGUGUACACAAGCUUUGUGAGAAAGAGUUAGGUGAGCUAUAAAGUGACCGUGAUUGUGAUUGCGGCUGAGAUUGUGCUGCUCUUGACUAAUAAAACAUUUGUAUUUGUAUUUGAAGAGUGCCAAUUUUGCACAGAGUUGCCUGGGUACUCUUUUAUAAAUAAUUUAUGACAAACGUCAAAAUAUUUUCAAAUCCUUCCUUCCACUUCUUGGUCACAAAGAAGCCUGCAUUUCUGCAGCAUUUUUAAGAGCCUCUCUUCCUCUGUAUUAAGUUCUUGUAACAUUAUAAUAGUGAACAAAGAUAUAAGGUACCAAGAACCAUUCUGUGAUAUCUAUGUUAACACUUAAAUAAUUGAAAAGACUAAAAAUUACUAAUAUAAGUAUAUAUAUAUAUAUAUAUAUAUAAUAUAUAUAUAUUGUGGUGAAACAGAAGUGAACAUAAAAAAGAAUUAAGUAAUUAUUUCAAGAAAAGAGGAAAACUUAUAUGUAAAGAUUACAUUUAAAAUUGUGCAAAUUUGAGACAAUGUCCAACAAUCCUCAGUGGAAAACGUUCCAGCCGCCAAUCAUGAACUCUGACCCUGCAAUACUUGAUUACAAGUCUAUGACUAUACCAAGUCCUAAAGUUAUAACAGGAUCACAUCAACCAACAACUAAUAUCUACAGAAAUGGUACCAAUUAUAGUGGAGAUCAUUAUAUGAUGGAUUCACCUCCUGGAAAUGGAAAAAACACAAUACAAUAUGCUGGUUAUCCUAAUACUAAGAUGUCACGUAAUGAAGUUACCAGAUUUCCUUUUGGAACAUUUACAGGAAUGGAAGGAAGCACUGGUUAUACAGAAGAGCCAACAACAAAUAACUCCACUUAUCAAGAUCAAUCUGAAAACCAAGGAACUCGAGAAACUGGAAUAAUUGAAAAAUUAUUGCAUUCAUAUGGAUUUAUACAAUGCUGUGAAAGGCAAGCAAGGUUGUUCUUUCAUUUUAGCCAAUUUAGUGGUAAUAUAGAACAUUUAAAAAUUGGAGAUCCUGUUGAAUUUGAAAUGACUUAUGAUCGUCGGACAGGCAAACCUAUUGCUAGUACUGUUAGCAAGAUUGCUCCAGAAGUGGUGCUAAGUGAAGAAAGAGUUACUGGAAAUGUAACAACAGAAUUGCAUACAAGUGGUGAUACACAAGGUCGUAUUAGUUAUGAAAAUCGUGGAGAAUGUUUUUUUCUGCCAUAUACAAAAGAUGAUGUUGAAGGAAAUGUUACUUUGCGUGCUGGUGAUAAAGUGUCAUUUCAAAUUGCUACUAAUCAACGUGGAAAUUUAGGCGCAUGUCAUGUAAGAUUGGAAAAUCCAGUACAUCCAGUUCGCUAUCGUGGAGUUGUAUGCUCGAUGAAAGAAAAUUUCGGCUUCAUUGAACGUGCUGACGUAGUUAAAGAGAUUUUCUUUCACUUUAGCGAAGCUAAGUCUAUGAAAGAAGAACUUAGACUGGGAGAUGAUGUUGAAUUUAUAAUACAAACUCGAAAUGGAAAAGAAGUAGCUUGUAAUAUUACUAAGCUACCACCUGGGUCAAUAGUCUUUGAAGAAGUGAGUAAUAAAAUAGUAACAGGACAAGUAUUAAAACCUCUGGAAAGGGGUACUGCAGCUCGUCAUCAAAAUGAUCCUUUACCUGGAAGAAUUCGGUACAGAGAUACAGAACAUUCUUCAGAUACAGUUGAAAUUCCUUUUGGUGACAAGGAUCAAAAAGGAGAUUUUACUCUCAGACAUGGAGACUGGGUCAAAUUUCGUAUUGCUACAGAUACUAGAGAUCAACUCAAGAGAGCUACUGAAAUAUUACUAUUACCUGAAUCUUUUAAUGUAUCCGGUGAAAAACGAGAACAAGGCAUUAUAGCUGCAUUAAAAGAUGGAUUUGGUUUUAUUCGUUGUGUAGAUCGAGAUACACGACUUUUCUUUCAUUUUAAUGAAGUUUUGGAUGUUGAUAGAGAAAUUAGUGUAGGGGAUGAAGUUGAAUUCACAGUAAUUCAAGAUCCUUCUUCCUCAUUUUCAAACAAUCGACAAAGUGCAAUUAGAUUAAAGCACUUACCGGCUGGUACAGUUCAAUUUGAAACAAUUAUAGAAAAAGAUUUAUUGGGUACUAUAAUUCAGAGUAUAAAUGGCGUUGUGCCUGGUCUAAUUGGAUACACAAAAGAAAAUCAACAAAAAAGCGUCAUUUUCUUUAGUAAAGAUUGUGAUCCUAAGAAUAUCCCAAGACUUGGUGAUAAGGUACAAAGUAGUAUCUAUCAAUGAUAGUAAAUCAAGAAUGAAGUAAUAAUUAUAGACAUAAUCAAAUCCAAUUUGUUCAAUCGCUCAUACAUUAAACAAUUAAUGGUGCUUGAACGAAUUGUAGGAAAUGUUAUUAAAUUGGUAUUAGUUAUUUAGAAUGGAUCGUUCGGCCAAUAUCGUUUCUAAGUGGUUUUUAAAGAUCAUAUAUCUCUAAACGAACCAACUUUAAUAACGUUGCAAUAGUAAUAUAGGAUAAUGUAAAAUGGUGUUACAGUCCUUCCGAGUUUUCUCUAAGCUACGAUGAUUAUUACGGUAAAAUAUUAAUCCUUUAGUAUUUACAUUUAUACCAAUUUUUCAGCACACUUAUAAAAAUAUCAACGAGGCGAAAAAAAAAAUUUUAAAAAUAUUUCGAAAAAAUUUGGGACACGUUAUUAUUAUUAUUACUUAUUAAAAAUUAUUAUUUGAAAAAAGACGCGCAGAAGAUAGAUUGUAUAUAGAACACCAGGUUCGUAUUAUUGAUGACGCUGAGAUAGCUGAGCUGAGACUAAUAAAUGUGACUUUGUAAUAAAUUAAAGCGUAGUUCGGUACACUUGAGACCUACCUGUUCUUCGUUAGGUUUUCCAUGUGCAACAAAUCACAGGAACAUUUAUAUUGUUAAGUAAUAAUAUAAUGCAAAGCCACUUAUAUCUGUAAUACUUGUUCUGCUUAAGUAUUGAUUUUAUACACAUUUAUUUCUUUAUAAUUAUAUUUUAUUUGUAAUUUUUCUAAGAAAUCAUUGAGAUAUUCGAAUUGCUUCAAACUUGUAUUAAGAAAGAUAAAGAACUAUGUUUUUGAAGUA